AUGUAUUAUAAUGGUCUGAAUGAGGCUACACAGUUGGUAAUUGGUGCUUCAGCAAAUGGAGCAUUAUUAUCCAAGCCAUAUGCAGAAGCCUUUGACACUCCGAAAAUAAUUUCAAGCAAUAAGCACCAAUGGUCGAAAUCAAGGGUUGCAUCAGCUAAGACAUCCAAGAGAUUAGCAGAUGAUGAUGUAGUAGCAGAUCUGAAUUCAAAAAUUUCAAUGCUAGUAGACAUUAUGAUGAAAAACAUAACUCAACAUGAUGCAGAAGUUUCCAAAGCUACGAGUCAAGCAGCGUCUUUGAGAAACAUGGAGGUAGAAAUAGGAAAGCUGGCAACUGAAUUAAAAAGUGGUCCGCGUACAAUUCUUACCAGCAAAAUACCAGAGAAAAUGAAAAAUUCAGGUAGCUUCAUAAUACCAGUAGCCAUUGGAGGGCAGAAAAUUAGACAAACGCUGUAUGAUCUUGGAGCAAGCAUCAACUUGAUGCCCAUGUCAAUUUAUAAAAAGUUAGGCAUAGGAGAGGCAAGGCCUACUAUGGUAACUCUUCAGCUAGCAAGCCGCUCCAUCACUCAUCCCGAAGGCCAAAUUCAAGAUGUCUUGGUAGAAGUUGAUAAAUUUACAUUUCCUACAGAUUUUAUAAUACUUGACUAUGAUGCAAAUAAAGAAGUACCAAUCAUCAAUGGGAGACCAUUCCUGGCCACUGGUAGAGCAUUGGUGGAUGUACACAAGGGAAAAGUAACCAUGCGGGUGAAAUACCAUGAGAUACAAUUCUCGGUGUACGAUUCCACGAAAUACCUUGCGGAAGCUGAAGAGUGCCCCGUCCUGAUAAUCUUAGAUGAAACGCUAAUAGAUAUAUUGAGCUCAAAAGCUAUGCUAGGGUAG